ACGUAUUUUUUUGUUUCUCCGCUUCAUAUUUUUUAAAAAAUUUUUUAAUCUUUUUCAAUUCUCUACUUGUUUACAUUUUUAAAUCAUUUAAAAUGGCUCGUGGAAAUCAAAGAGAAAAAGCUCGUGAAAAGAAUUUGAAAAAACAAUCUAAGCAACCAAAGAAAAAAGAAGAUGGAAACGCUUUUAAAAAAAGAGCUGAAAGUGAUGCUGAAAUUAUGAGACAAAAGCAACAAAAAGCCUUAGAAUUGAAAGCAUUAGAAUCGAAAGCAGAAAAGGAAACGAAUCAAAGUAAAUAAUUAUGAAAUGAGAACUUAUAUGAUUUUUAAAAAUAUUCUCUUAUUGUAAGAUAAAGAAGUUAAAAAAAGUAGUUUUAGGCAGAAGCAACAAAUUUUUCUUGUUCAAAUGAAUUUAAAUCAUUAAUUUUAUAGUCCCUUGUUUAAAUACAAGAAAUAUUUAUUAUUAGUUAUUAUACAAGAAGUUUUGUUUUAUUUGUAUUAUUAUUAUAAAUUAAAUAAUUUUUUUUUGGUUUCUCCCCAAAUACAUUAAU